CAUUUCAAUUCUCGUGCGAUUGAGUACACUGGAACUCAAGGUGCUGCAGCAGGUCUUUCCUCUGAGCGCUUUAGGUUUUCGUCGUCCACUUUCAUCUUAAAGAAGAGAAGAAAAAUCACAGGCGUAUUUAAGCAGCCAUGACUGAUUCAAAUCUUGAAGUCUAGCAAUAGAAUAUGCAUGCUGCAGACUUUGAGGAUAAAAAAUUCUUACCAGUCCUUGAAGCUCAGGGUUCAAUCCAUCGAUAUAGCAGCUAAUUGAGUAAUCUUCAUUAAGUGUAACCCUACGAAUGCAACAUCAAAGUCUUCCAGACUAUAAGCAGGAGCAGGAGAUGGAAAUUGAAGCACUGGAAGCCAUUCUUAUGGACGAAUUUAAAGAAAUUCACUCUAGUGAAAGUGGACUAAGCACUUCGAACCGUUGCUUUCAGAUUACAUUGUCUCCUCAGGAUGAAGAAGCAGAUGAAUCAACAAAUCCUUCAGUUCAGCUAGCCUUGAUUUUCUCUCACACUGAAAAAUAUCCUGAUGAACCCCCACUUCUUACAGUGAAAAGUUUAAAAGGAAUCCAAACGGGAGAUCUUAAAGGUCUCAAGGAAAAGCUUGAACAAGAGGCAUCUGAAAAUCUUGGUAUGGCCAUGGUUUACACAUUGGUCACAUCGGCUAAGGAUUGGCUCUCAGAAAAGUUUGCUCAGGAUGAUGGCACUGAGAAUGCUGAAGAAGAUUCAGCAGAGAAAGAUGAUAUAAUCGUACCACACGGAGAACCAGUUACUGUUGAAACAUUUAUGGCAUGGAGGGAUAGAUUUGAAGCGGAGUUAGCACUUGAAAGAGCAAAGCUAAUGCCUGAUUCGGCACUUGCUGCACCAAAGGAGAAGAAGCUUUCUGGCAGGCAGUGGUUUGAAAGUGGAAGAGCUGCAUCGAAAAGUGUGGCACCAGCUGCUGAAAGUUCUGACGAAGAUGAUGAAGAUAUUGAUUUCGAUGAUGACGACUUUGAAGAUGAUGAAGACGACAUGCUUGAGCACUAUCUAGCUGAAAAAUCCGACUCUUCUGCUCAUUCUUCGAGGAGAGGAAACUAAUUCUAGAGGUCCAGCCCUACUGCCCCUUACAAAUCCAUCCGCGGUUCUAUCUUGUUUGACUAUUGGGACCUUAUUGAUAUAUAUACCGGGGAGGACGUAGAUCUCACAUUAGGCCUGGAUCAAGUAAAAGUUUUCAACCAAGAGAUGAGCUCCAUUUUGAUUGAAGAAGAAUUUGAUAUACAUGCAAAAUCGUAUCUUGUGAUAUCUUGAACUUACGUCAAAGACAUGACAUUAGUAAACCUUAUGAACCUUGUUGAACUCUUUGCGUGACUUGUAUUGGUUUGGUUUGGGGUUGCAUAUGUGCAUCGCGAUUGUUCUUCCCAUUGCAAUCCACGAUUUGGCCGUUUUCAAUAGGAGAAGAAUAUAGGGUUCUUUCUUAGUUGCUCUGUUAUAUGUGAGUGAUCUGAUUGCAGGGCUGCUACCAAGAACCUUACCAAGAACAGAUCUGUCUUUAUUCUUGGAAAAUGCUAUGUGAACACUGAGCUUUUUAGUC